CUCUCCUUCUUUUCCUUUCCUUCCCUCUUUCUCUCUCUUUCUCCCUCUCUCUGUCUUUGUGGAUAGAGAUGUGAUUCUCCACCAUCUUCAUAACCCCAUCAACCUUUUGAAGAAAAAAAAAAUAGAAAAGAAGAAAUAUCUUAAGCCAAUCCACUCGCCAUGGUUUUCCCUUCCCUUCCUCUCUAUCUCGAUCCACCCAACAGCUGGAAUCAGCCGCCGCCAACUCAUCAGCCAGUAGGCGCCGGCGCCACCACAUCCGAUGAACACCAACCACCGCCUCCGGCAGCUACAACCGGAGCAGGUACGAGCAGGCCCGGAUCGAUGGCUGAACGAGCAAGGCUAGCUAAAAUUCCCCAACCAGAAGCCGCCCUCAGCUGCCCUCGUUGCGAUUCAAACAACACAAAGUUCUGUUACUUCAACAACUACUCUCUUUCUCAGCCACGUCACUUCUGCAAGACCUGCCGCCGUUAUUGGACACGUGGGGGCGCCCUCCGCAACGUUCCCGUCGGCGGAGGCUGCCGGCGCAACAAACGCGGCGGAAAGUCGUCAUCUUUGACCUCGACGUCGACGCAACCAAAGCUCCAGCCGUCAAAAUCGCCUACAUCGACUACCGCUACAUCUGCACCGCCAGCGAACUUGGUGCUUCUCUCAGCGGCGCCGCCUUUGUCCUUGUUGGCGGCGGCGCCUUGGAACCAGCUGCAAGAGUACGGGUAUGCGGGGCAGGGUUUGGAGCAGUGGAGGUUGCCUUACUUGGGAGGAAUGGAAGUGCCGGCGGCGGCAGGGAUGCAGGUGCCUGCACCAGCUGCUGCGGCGGUGACGGCAGGGAUGUACGGUUAUCAUGAAGGAGAAUGGAGUGUUGGUGGAGGCAUUAAUGGAAAUGUAGGAGGAUGGAUGAGCAACAGCAUUACUGAUCAUCAUGCAUUAGGGUUUAGCGGCUCUUCAUCAGCGGGAAAUGGAAAUCUUUGAUUUAUGAGUGAUGAUGGUGAUAAUUAAUUAAGGUAUAUUAAAUGAUCUUAUAAAUUGGAAGCUUUAUUUUAGUUAUGGCUUCGAACAAUUAAGAAAUAUUAAAUGUAAUUGUAGUAAUUAUCUCGAUCUUAUUCUUAGGUAUUUUCAAUAAUAUAUAAUUGCUGUCUAUCUUAUGCUA